GUAUCUUUGUUUUUGAUAAUGUUUUAAUUACUUAAUUAAUUAAACAAAAUGCUUCAAAAAAUUAUUUGAACAAAAACUAAGGAUAUGGUCGUGCGGCCACCAAUCGCCCCCACCAAUCGCCGUUUUCUUCGGGUUACAACUUCGUGCUCAUCGUCUCCCCAGUUCUGUGUUCUGUUUAUGUUCCUUAUAUUCAGUUAAAGUUGAAAACUUUCAUCUUUAUGUAGUGGUUUUCUCCUUCCUCCGACCCCAACUGAAGAAACAUGCUUUCUCUGGAGACGCAUAAGGAGGCUGAACAGAGCGUCGUUGUUGCAUGAAACGUCGGGCCGGCAUUGGGUUUCGUGGAAUAUGAAGUCAAUCAAUAAUACUGGACCUUUGCCUGUGGAUCCGAAGAGUAGGAAAUCGUGUUUUUGUAGCUUUCUUCCUGCAGCUUCUUUUCUUUUUCUAGUUUUCUUCACAGGAAGCGCAUUCAUAGUUCCAGAUUACAAAGAGAAAUUAUCAAGAUGGAGAAUAGUUGAUAGUUUCCAGAAUUUGAAAUUCGUCACUUGCAAGAAUCAAUGCGGGCCUCCUGGAAGUGAGGCAUUACCUGAGGGUAUUGUUUCAAAGACUUCCAACUUGGAAAUGAGACCCUUAUGGGGCUUUCCAAAGAGCAAAGAAAAUUCUUCGAGUAACUUGUUUACUCUGGCUGUUGGAAUAAAGCAAAGAGAUAUUGUUGAUGAGAUGGUGAAAAAGUUUCUAUCAAGUAAUUUUACUGUAAUGCUUUUCCACUAUGAUGGAGUUGUUGAUGAGUGGAAGGAUUAUAAGUGGAAUGAUCAUGUCAUACAUGUUUCCGCCCGUAAUCAAACUAAAUGGUGGUUUGCAAAACGUUUCUUGCAUCCUGAUAUUGUUGCAGAGUACAAUUAUAUUUUUCUCUGGGAUGAGGACCUUGGAGUUAAAAAUUUCAACCCUAAACGGUAUGUGUCAAUUGCUGAAAGCAAAGGGCUUGAGAUAUCACAGCCAGCACUUGAUAUGGCUAAAUCAGAAAUACACCAGCAAAUUACUGCACGCGUGAGGAAAUCAAUAGUUCACAGAAGAACUUUCAAGCCUGGCAUUUGUGAUGGAAAUAGUAGAGCUCCACCUUGCACAGGGUGGGUAGAAAUGAUGGCUCCUGUUUUCUCAAAAGCGGCAUGGCGUUGUGUGUGGUAUAUGAUCCAGGGUGAUCGAAUAAAAAAUAUUGGUGUGGUGGAUGCUGAGUACAUAGUACAUUAUGGUCGUCCUACACUUGGAGGCACAGAUGAAAAUAAGGAAUCAUCUCAUUCAAAUAAAGGCGAUCGUAAACUUGGAGAACCAUCUCAUUCUAAUAAAAAGGAUCCUAGACUAGAAGUAAGAAGGCAAUCGUUCAUUGAAUUCAAAAUUUUUCAUAAACGAUGGGAAAAGGCAGCAGCAGAGGAUAAGUGUUGGGUAGAUCCAUAUAAAGAAGCAGAUAAACAAAGCAUUCCUAGCUUUCAUUUAGCCGGUAGAGCUGUUUAAGUCGAUUUUAUGAUCAACAAACAGUAAGAUAACAGAACAAGUGAAUUAACGGAGAUGGGGUUAUGCAGAGAUCUCGGGCUCUGAAGUGCAAAUAUUUCAAAGCAUCAAAUGGAGCAUCCUGGUGUUGUAUCCGAGUCCAUGAGACAUUCAACUUUAUUUGUACAUAUUGAACAUGUAAUUACAUCAUUCUUUCUUCAAGAAUGAAAAUAUAGUGAUACAGAUGUGGGGAGGAACAAUAAGAGGAGGGAGAGAAGGGGAAGCUCAGAUUAUUGAUUCUGUUCAUCUUGCAUUAAUAAAGCAUAUACUUUGGUUGAUGCUAGAUGUGUG